ACUCCUGUCUGCUUUUGGCUGCAGCCCCAGAGCUCCUCCCGCAGAGACAGGACUCAAAAUCAUGAACCACAGCCAUCUCAACGCAGGCCUCAUCUCAGCCUACAACAGUCUGACAGAUAAACAUCUCGCCGGAUACUUCAGCAACACUCGCAUCAGAAGACACCUGCAGAGGGCUGGCCUGAUUACAAGAAGCGGGCGUAUUGUUCCUGACAAAGAGUACAGGCAGAAGCUGAUCCAAAAAGCCCACCAGAGACACGUCCGAGAAUGUCUGGCUCAGGCCAUUUUCCACAAAGUGCUGGAGAUGGAGCGUCUCCAUCAAAUAGAGAUCAAACGCAAACUGGAGGAGUUUGCGCGGAGGGAGAGGGUGCACAAGAUCAAGGUGGAACGGUCCAAAAGAUUUGAAGAGGACAUCAUCCGCAUCCUGUCCCCCCGGCCACCUACCGGAGCGAGGGGCAUCAGGAAGCAGCACUCAGGACCAGAGGCUGAGCACACAGAGUCCUCAGAGUCUCCGGGCUCGUCCCGUCCCAACACGGCUCCUGGAAAGAUGCAGCGCCCGGUGCGUUUAAAGCCACUUCACAGCAACAGCACCACGGCCUCACACAGACAGAGCUCCCCUUACCGAGGCCACGCCCAUCACCAUGACAACCAGCGCCAAUUCAACGGGACGGUAGACAAAGACUCUCACAGAAAAUUUAACUCUAUGGAGGUUCGUAAUGGGGUGUCUCCCUACUGCCUCCCGGUCAUCAACAACUAUGUGACCCCUGUGCCCCCCACCACCAAGAGGAAAGAUCGCCCCAUCAAGCUUAGCACCAGCAGCAUCCAUAGGGGCCGGAGACUGCGCCCCACCACCGCCUCCAGUGGGGCUGACGAUGCCCCUGUGCUGAGGAGCUCGAUGCCUCAGAGCAGAGUCCGUGUGAACAUGGUGUAUAUGGGUAAAUCUGUGCACCUGUCACACGACCUGCCCGACAUGAGAGAUGAGGUGCGAGUGUUUCAGCAGCACUGCGGAGGAGAGAACCUGUGUGUGUACAAGGGAAAACUCAAAGAGGGAGAGAGUUUCCAGUUUAUUUCUCGUCGUCACAGAGGCUUCCCCUUCAGUCUGACCUUCUUUUUAAAUGGGCUGCAGGUCGAGCGGCUCAGCUCCUGCUGUGAGUUCAAACACAGGAAAAGCUCUCGCCUUGGGGGGCGCCACGGACAUUUUGCCUUCUCCGGGAUUGAGGCAGCGUCACCAUGUUACAAAUGCAUUAUAGCUAUGGGUUUGGACAAAAAGCCUGUUCCCCCUCCCAAAAGAGCAAAGGAGGAUGCCUUUAAAGUGGGGGUUGUGCCCAGACUGACGGUUACCACAGGACCCGACACAGAAGUAACGAAAGAAGAUCCUGCAUCCCGCUCUGAGUGUGAGACCAGCCCGAGAAAAGACACAGAGAUCACAGCAGACGAGGAUAAGGCACCUGAAGACAGUAAAGCCAAAGAUGAUUAUGAAGAAGACUUUGAAGCUGAUGAUGAAGGCCCCAUUGAAGAGGAAAAAGAAAAGAAACUUGCUUCUCCAAAUGAGGAAAAAGAAGAAAGAGUAAAAGAAACCAAUGUAACUGACAGUGGAGAUAGUGAGCGAGACGAUGAUAGAAAGUCAUGCUCGAGGUCCAGUUUUUCAGGCAGUGACAGAGAGGAGAGUGAAACAGAGGAGGUCAAAGAGGCCAAAGAUGAGACACAAGACAAGCCUGAAGAUGCUCAGGAGGAGGUGCAGGAGGAGGUGCAGGAGGAGACACAACAUGUGGCGGUGGAGUCUGGGUCUGGAGGCAUACAGGACAGCGCUGGACAAAGCACGGAGAUAGAGAUCACUGACACCAGCAAUCCAUCAGGAAACGAGACCAGAACAGUGAGUGACACGAAGACCGCAGCAGAGGGUGAGAGGAGGACAGAGGAGGAGCCAGAGAGGGCCAAAUCUGUGCAGGAGAAGUUAGCAGAGGCCAUUUUGAAGGAGUCUCACUGCAGCUCUGAGCCUGAGCUUAGUGACACCAGCACAGAGACCACAGAAGCAGGCUCAAACAAGUCCACAGAAAAAGAACCACAAGUUGCAGAGCCAGUGACUGAAGCACCUACAGGACAAGCAAAUGCUACUGAAGAAGAAAAGAAAACUGAUUUAAUAGUGGUGACAGAAGAGGUUAAACCUGAGGACCUGAAACCUGAAACUACAAAAGAACCAGAGGAAAUGACUGAUGUUAACACAGCACAAAAUGACGACAGCGCCAAAAAAACUGUGUCAGAAGUGGGUAAGAAUGAGGACACAGGAGAGAAGGAGGCAUCUGAGGAGAUAGUGGAAGAUGUUAAGAGCUCGCCAACUAAAGACGAUCCGAACAAAGAAGCAGAGAAAGAUGAAGUGAAGGAGGAUGAGAAGGAGGAAGAGCAGGAGGAAAGAAGUGUUCAAAAGGAGCAUGAGUCAUCAGGAGUGGAUAAGCCAGACGAGACCGUGGAGGCCGACCAUACAGAACCACUGGCGGUCUCAGAAACAAUGGAGAUGAAAACUGAGGCCUCUGAUGCACAAGAGGCUAUCAACACUGAAGUAGCACCUGCUUCAGACACACAGGGAAACAAUGAGCAGCAGGAUGCAAUGGAAAACACAGGGCUGGAGAGUGAAGUCAGUGCAAAAGAUGAGACUAUUAAUCAAGAUGGUAAUGAGAAGCCUGUAGUGGAGAAUCAAGAGACUGAAGAAGUAGUUGGAGUAACGGCUGAAAUGGAGGAAGAUAAAGUGGAGAAGCAAUCUGAUUUGAAUGAGGGUGAUGAGGAAAAAAUGCAAGAAGAGGGUAAUGAAGAAAACAGAGAGAGUCAAAUUGAAAACGUAAAUGAGGAUAUAGCAAAAGAAGAAGUAGGAACAAAUUCAAACACAGAUGGACAGGAUAAGGAUGAAGGGAUUAAAAGUGAGAAAGAUGAUGUUGAAGACCAUAAACCAGAAAGAGAACUUAUAAAAGAAGAAAAUGAGCAAGCACACAAAGAAGUGGUGACAGAUUUGAACGCAGAAGAUCAGAAAGAUGCUCCAGGUGAGAAAGUGACAAACCAAAAGGAAGAAUUAGAACAGGCAGAAACUGAUGAGAUAGAAAGUGGAGAUGCUAGUGAAGAGAAAAAUGUUGGUGAGGAUGAGAAAAAUAUUACAAAAAAUGAAGAAGACGUUCAACAGUCAGAGAGUGAAGUUAUGAACGAUGCAGGCGAGAAACAGGCCCAACUGGAAAACCAAGAAAGCGCUAUUCAAAAAGAGGAGGGACAAGAACCAAAUGCAGAGAAGGUCAGUGUAGAAUUGACAGAGAAAAAUGGGAAAUCUGAUGAGGGAGCAAGUGCUGAAGAGGCCGACCAACAUGAAAAAGAGAAUAAAAGUAUUGUUAAUAAGGUUGACGUGAGUAAAGUGGAUGCAGAAAAUGGAGAGGUGUCAGUUAUUGCAGAGACAAAGCAAACUGAAGAAGACGAGCAAAAACAAACAACUGAAAACACAACUCAGGAAAGCGAUGGUGUAACUCAAGUGGAAGAAAGUGAAAAAGAAGAGGAGAAAAGUGAUUUAAAACUGGCAAAUGACAACAAUGAAAGCGAUAUCAACGAUGUGACAAGUAUUCCUUCAAAUCAAGAAGAAAUUGUUAAAACUACAAGCAAAGAUUCAGAUACAACAGAAAACAACAACAAUUUGGAGACCGCACAGUCCAAUUCUGACAAACCCGUAGGAGAACAGGUGGCUGCAGUGGAUGUCUUUGCGGUUGAAGGGGAAAAUGGAGAUACAGAAGAAGCUAGUAAAGCAUCAGAGGAGGGAGCGAGUGUGCUCUUAAAGCCCCAUGCCAAGUCCUCUUUAAAUGAACAAAAUGAGCAAACCGAACCGAAAGGUAGGCCAGAAGGAUUGACUACAGCUGACAGCUCUGAUCUAGUCACUAACUGGGUCACCAUGCAUCAAACGUCCAAGUAUUUUGAAACAUUUGUUGAACCCUUGGAGGAAAUAAGAGACCUGAAUCCUGAAGCAACAAAUACUGAGUCAGAAGAGUUGUCUAGAUCUGAAAGUCCAGUGAAAAUGGUGAAAGAUGGAGAGAAAGGGACCAGUACAGAAAAUGAAACCAAAGAGGAAUCUUCUGAUCAUGGGAGUAACCAGUCUGAAGGUAAACAAGAUGUAUCAACCAAAGAUCUAGCACAGUCAGAGGAGAGGAAAGUUAUACAUGUACCAAAUGUUGAAAAUGAGGAAAAUAUGAAAGAAUCUGUAAUUGAAGAAAGUCUAAAGUCUGUUGAGGACAAAGUGGACCAAUCAGCAUUAGAAGUAGAAAGAAAUUAUGGUAGCUUUGCACAGCUUAACAACAACCUUACCAGAACCAGCAUUACAAGUAGUCACCUGUCUAUUCCAAGUGGAAAACAUGAAACAGUUUCUGAAAGUCUGAACGAAGAGAACAGGAGCGAUCUUGGGAAAGAAGAAGCUAUAACUGUAAUACAAGAAGUGAAAACAGAGGAGCUUCUAGAAAACAGUUUAAAAGCAAUUGAACCCGCAACCAGUGACGGGACACAGGAAAACAGAGAAAGCAAAGAAAUGAGGGUAACAACACAGUUUACGUCAUCAAAGUCGGACAGUGGGAGUCAACAGGGGUCGAUUAAAAUUCAAACCAACAGCUUCAGUGAAGAUAAAAGAGAUAUUACGGACGAGUCUAACCACACUGUGAGUAAAGAACAUCUGAGCACCUUCUCCGUGGACGACUCUGUGUUUGGACAUAGUUCAUUUCCUUUAGUCACGACCGCCAAAGCGGAGAAUGGACCUAAAAGCCACUCUAUAGUUUGA